GGGGAGCGGAGGGGGGAGCAGCUUCCUCACAGCGGAAGGAGACGACGGAUCUCCUGCAGGACAAUGUGAGACACAGAGUUGAUCCAACGCACUUAGCGAGCACACAAGCAGCCGGGAUGGAAGCGGGGAUCGUCUAACGCGUUUUGUAGCUGAAGCACAACGUAAAUAUUGUUGGAAAUCCGAAUUUUUGCCCGAGGAAGCGGCCGCAGCGAUGGGAAUACUGCGCUGAGGAGCGAGCGGCGGCAGGGCCAAGAAACGGGAGAAAGAUGGGUGUCGUGCUGCGGACUCUGUUGUUGUGUAGUUUUUGUUUUCUCAUACGAGGUGUGCCUCUGCUGCUGUAUGCCAACCGACGGGACCUUCGGCUCGUGGACGCGGCACACGAGAAGGCCAACGCCACGGUGGUGGUGGGCGGGCUGGAGGAUGCCGCUGCUGUGGACUAUGUCUACUCCCAGGGCCUCAUAUACUGGAGCGAUGUGAGCGAGGAGGCCAUCAAACGCACCGUCUUCAACCAGUCGGGAGCCAGCACGAUCCAGACCGUGGUCUCGGGUCUGGCCUCUCCGGAUGGACUGGCCUGCGAUUGGUUAGGGAACAAACUUUACUGGACAGACUCGGAAACCAAUCGGAUCGAGGUGGCCGAGCUGGAUGGGUCUCUGAGGAAGGUUUUGUUCUGGCAGGAGUUGGACCAGCCGAGGGCCAUCGCUCUGGAUCCAGAACGAGGGUACAUGUACUGGACAGACUGGGGUGAGAUCCCAAAGAUCGAGCGGGCGGGUAUGGACGGGACCAAUCGCUCCAUGAUCAUUGACAUGGAGAUCAACUGGCCCAACGGGCUGACGCUGGACUACAGCCAGGAGAAACUGUACUGGGCCGACGCCAAACACAACUUCAUCCACCGCUGCAACCUGGACGGAUCCUCCAGGGAGGUGGUGGUGAAAGGAGAGCUGCCUCACCCGUUCGCCCUCACCCUGUACGAGGACACCCUGUUCUGGACCGACUGGAACACUCACUCCAUCCACUCGUGUAGCAAACACAACGGAGGAGGGCAACGCAUCGUCCACUCAGACAUCUUCUCGCCUAUGGACAUCCACGUGUUCAGCCCCAAAAGACAGAACAUGCUAGUCAGCAGUCCCUGCUCUGUGCAGAAUGGAGGAUGUUCCCACCUGUGUCUCCUCUCCCCAGUGAAGCCCUUCUAUCAGUGUGCUUGUCCCACGGGAGUCCAGCUGCUGGAGGACGGGAAGACCUGCAGAGACAGUGCCACUCAGAUGCUGCUGCUGGCUCGGCGAACAGACCUGCGCCGCAUCUCUCUGGACACGCCAGACUUCACCGACAUCAUCCUGCAGGUGGAUGACAUCCGCCACGCCAUCGCCAUCGACUACGACCCUGUGGAAGGAUACAUCUACUGGACGGACGACGACGUGAAGGCCAUCCGCCGCUCGCUGCUCGAUGGCAGCGACGCCCAGUUUGUGGUCACAUCUCAGGUGAACCACCCCGACGGCAUCGCCGUCGACUGGAUCGCUCGAAACCUCUACUGGACCGACACUGGAACGGACCGCAUCGAGGUGACCCGACUCAACGGGACCAUGCGCAAGAUCCUGAUCUCUGAAGACCUGGACGAGCCCAGAGCCAUCGUGCUGGACCCUGUGGCAGGGUACAUGUACUGGACUGACUGGGGCGAGGUGCCGAAGAUCGAGCGUGCCGAUCUGGACGGGAUGGAGCGGGUGGUGAUGGUCAACACCUCCCUGGGCUGGCCCAACGGCCUCGCCCUCGACUACGACGAGCGCAAAAUCUACUGGGGGGACGCCAAGACGGAUAAGAUCGAGGUGAUGAACAUGGACGGGACCGGGCGUCGGGUGCUGGUAGAGGACAAACUUCCUCAUAUCUUCGGUUUCACUCUGCUGGGUGACUUCAUCUACUGGACCGAUUGGCAGCGUCGCAGCAUCGAACGCGUCCACAAACACACGGCGGAGAGGGAGUUCAUCAUCGACCAGCUGCCCGACCUCAUGGGCCUCAAGGCCACUCAUGUCCACAAGGCCUUCGGUACAAACCCGUGUGCAGAGAAUAACGGUGGCUGUAGUCACCUCUGCCUCUACAAGCCGCAGGGUGUGCAGUGUGGAUGUCCCAUCGGCCUCGAACUCAUCGCCGACAUGCAGACCUGCAUCGUCCCAGAGGCCUUCCUGCUCUUCUCCCGCCACACCGACAUCCGCCGCAUCUCCCUGGAGACCAACAACAAUAACGUGGCCAUCCCGCUCACCGGCGUCAAGGAGGCCUCGGCACUCGACUUCGAUGUCACUGACAACCGCAUCUACUGGACCGACAUCACCCUGAAGACCAUCAGUCGGGCCUUCAUGAACGGCAGCGCCCUGGAGCAUGUGGUGGAGUUCGGCCUGGACUACCCAGAGGGGAUGGCGGUGGACUGGCUGGGGAAGAACCUGUACUGGGCCGACACCGGCACCAACCGCAUCGAGGUGGCCAAACUGGAUGGGCAGCACCGGCAGGUCCUGGUCUGGAAGGAUCUGGACAGCCCACGAGCUCUGGCUCUGGAUCCCGCUGAAGGGUACAUGUACUGGACCGAGUGGGGCGGGAAGCCAAAGAUCGACCGAGCUGCGAUGGACGGGACGGGUCGCAUCACUCUGGUGGCCGACGUGGGUCGAGCCAACGGACUCACCAUUGACUACGCAGAGCGCCGGCUCUACUGGACCGACCUUGACACCACACUCAUCGAAUCGUCCAACAUGCUCGGUCAGGACCGUGAGGUGAUAGCUGAUGACCUCCCACACCCUUUCGGACUCACCCAGUACCAGGACUACAUUUACUGGACCGACUGGAGCCAGCGCAGCAUCGAGCGAGCUAACAAGACCAGCGGUCAGAACCGCACUGUCAUCCAAGGCCACCUGGACUACGUCAUGGACAUCCUGGUGUUCCACUCGUCCAGACAGGGCGGCUGGAACGCCUGCGCCUCCACCAACGGACACUGUUCCCACCUGUGCCUCGCCGUCCCCGUCAGUAGCUUCGUCUGCGGAUGCCCCGCCCACUUCUCCCUUAACUACGACAACAAGACCUGCAGCGCUCCCACUUCCUUCCUGCUGUUCAGUCAGAAGACGGCCAUCAACCGUAUGGUGAUCGACGAGCAGCAGAGUCCGGACAUCAUCCUGCCCAUCCACAGCCUGAGGAACGUCCGAGCCAUUGACUACGACCCGCUGGACAAACAUCUGUAUUGGAUCGACUCCAAGCAGAACGUCAUCCGCCGCGCUCAGGAGGACGGUAACCAGAGCAUGACGGUGGUGUCGAGCUCUGUGAGCGGACCCAGUCAGGGUUUGCAGCUUUACGACCUGAGCAUCGACAUCUACAGCCGCUUCAUCUACUGGACCAGCGAGGUCACCAAUGUCAUCAAUGUCACCCGGACGGACGGCAGCAGAGUGGGCGUGGUGCUGAGGGGAGAACACGACAAACCCAGAGCCAUCGUGGUCAACCCGGAGAGAGGGUACAUGUACUUUACCAACCUGCUGGAGCGCUCUCCGAGGAUCGAGCGUGCGGCGCUGGACGGUACUGAGCGUGAGGUUUUGUUCUUCAGUGGUUUGGGGAAACCCGUCGCUCUUGCCAUUGAUAACGAGGUCGGGAAGCUGUUCUGGGUCGAUUCGGACCUGCGACGCAUCGAAAGCAGUGACCUUUCCGGAGCCAAUCGGGUUGUGAUCGCUGACUCCAACAUCCUGCAGCCGGUGGGCCUGACGGUAUUCGGGAACCACCUGUACUGGAUCGACAAGCAGCAGCAGAUGAUUGAGCGCAUCGACAAAACAACAAGGGAGGGACGCACUAAGAUUCAGGCUCGCAUCGCCUACCUGAGCGACAUCCACGCCGUGCACGAGCUGGACAUGAGGGAGUACAGUAAACACCCGUGCACCUGGGACAACGGUGGCUGCUCCCACAUAUGCAUCGUGAAGGGAGACGGCACGACUCGUUGCUCGUGUCCCGUCCACCUGGUGCUGCUGCCGGACGAGCUGUCCUGUGGAGAGCCCCCCACCUGCUCCCCAGAGCAGUUCUCCUGCACGUCAGGUGAGGUGGACUGCAUCCCUCAGGCGUGGAGGUGCGACGGUUACCCCGAGUGUGACGACAGCAGCGACGAGGAGGACUGUCCCGUCUGCUCCGAGUCCGAGUUCCAGUGCGACAGCCGGCAGUGCAUCGACCUGAGCCUGCGCUGCAACGGGGAGAUAAACUGCCAGGACCGCUCGGACGAGAACAAGUGUGAAGUGCGAUGUCCUCCUGAUCAGUUCACGUGCUCUAACGGUCAGUGCAUCGGCAAGCACAAGAAGUGCGACCACAACAUGGACUGCACAGACAACUCGGACGAGAUCGGCUGCUAUCCGACAGAGGAGCCGCCUCCUCCACCCAACAACACCAUCGGCUCCAUCGUGGGCGUGGUCAUGGCGUUGUUCGUGGUGGGCGCCGUUUACUUUGUGUGUCAGCGCGUCCUCUGUCCGCAGAUGAAGGACGACGGCGAGACGGUCACCAACGACUUUGUGGUUCACGGGCCGUCGUCGGUGCCGCUGGGAUACGUGCCGCACCCGAGCUCGUUGUCCAGCUCGCUGCCAGGUAUGUCCAGAGGCAAGUCUGUGAUUGGCUCCCUCAGCAUCAUGGGCGGGAGCAGCGGGCCUCCGUAUGACCGCGCCCACGUGACCGGAGCGUCGUCCAGCAGCUCGUCCAGCACCAAGGGAACCUACUUCCCCCCGAUCCUGAACCCUCCUCCGUCUCCUGCUACGGUCCGCUCUCAGUACACCGUGGAGUUUGGUUAUUCCUCCAACAGCCCGUCGACACACAGAUCCUACAGCUACCGGCCCUACACGUACCGUCACUUUGCUCCUCCCACCACCCCCUGCAGCACCGACGUGUGUGACAGCGACUACACGCCGGGACGACGGGUGCCGCUCAAGACCAGCUCCGCAGCCGCCAAGGGCUACACCAGCGACCUCAACUAUGACUCGGAGCCUUUCCCUCCGCCGCCGACGCCCCGCAGCCAGUACCUGUCGGCGGAGGAGAACUGUGAGAGCUGCCCGCCGUCGCCUUACACCGAGCGCAGCUACUCUCACCACCUGUACCCGCCGCCGCCGUCGCCCUGCACGGACUCCUCGUGAGCCCCACCCCCCGACCCCACAGCUCCGCCCCCUCACUGUAAAUAGCAAUUGUGCAUAAAUGAGGUUAAAAAUGGGAAAGAGAGACUGCUGAGACAGGAGACAAAAAAAAGGAAAACAAAAGAGAAACAGGAGCUGCAGAACAUUUGUACAUUGAAAAAGAGAAAAGCAUAUUUAUAUAUUUUCUAUACAGUGUUUACUGAUAUGCCAUAGAGGUUUGUAUUAAGAAAUUUGUACAUUUUUUAAGAAAAGGUUUUAUUAAAAUCAUCACAAAUAUAAGUUGCCUUAAAGCAGGAGAAAACGAGGCUGAAGGACAAAAAGCACACGAUGCAAACUGAACAGCGGGACGUUUGAACUUAUCUGAUGCCAAAUUGGACAAACAUCAGCAGCUCCAGGAGGAGUCCGGUGGAGAAGAGAAGAGCUCCCGGCGGCCAUCUUGUCAGUAGUUACCAUGUAAACUGGAUCGGGAGCGGUACCGGGUCUUUGAUUUUACCUCCUCGUUUGUGAAACGGUUCGUGGGAUCGUGUCUCUCGUGGAUGUGAGUCAUGUGAUCUCUGAAGCAAUAACGCCGUGAGGCACAUAUUUAUUAUCAGCCAAUCAAAACAAGAGCCACUCUGACUAAGUGCUACGGGGGCCCUGAGGGGACAUGAGCAAAAUGUUUCUGGUGCUCGCUUCAGACAGUUGACCUCUUUUGGGUUCUUUGUUUUUACAUGUCGUGGUUAUGAGUGAUAGAUUGAUUAUUACUAAUCAGAGACCAAUAACUGAUAUGCAUCUGCAGAGAAAAUUAGAAGUAAAAGCUAAAGUACAUUUUACUCCAUACAGUUUUUAGGCACUUGUACUUUUUGUGACUUUUUACUCCACUACGCUUACAUGGUAACUUUAGUUUCUCUUCAGAUUCAGAUUUUUAUGACAGAAUAUAAAUCUGCGGUUAUGGAAAACUAUUUUCAGUUAUUUUAUCAGCAGUCUGAAAAAAGAAAUCAUCCUCAGAUUGCAGACUGUUGGACCUGAUACUCGAUCAUCUUGAGUGCUUAUUAGAAACUCUGUGUUGCGCAUUAGAAACCAAACAACUUUUUACCUCAUGUCCCUUCUGGGCCUCCGUACAAAAACGCUCAAACUUUAUUUUUCCACUGCAUGUUGACGGCCGAUGUAACGUGACUCUCAUCCAUGAGGCUGGACGGGAUUUAAACCAAAACGUACGCUUGUGUUUGACAUUUUCUGUGUUUGUAAGUGAGACGACCCAAAGCUGCAGCGCCGACACGUUCAUCACGACUCCUCCAACUUCUCGUCUUUUGACUCGGUGGUUUUGAAUCCUCGUGGAGGAAGCAGCAGCGUUUCCCACCGAGAACACGAUCUCGUGCCUGACCAGUUCCACGUCUCCAAGUCCUUUUUUUUUUUUAUUUCUGGUGUUGAUGUUACUUUGAGGAAGAAAAACACAAAGGAAAUCCAGUGCCCACUAAAUGCUUUAUAGUAUUUUUGUACCACAUAUUGUGUAGAUAACGUAUUUAUAAGCUAUAUAGAAAAUCAUUGUAAAUCUAUCCAUUGAACUCUUGCAGUACUUUUCAUUCCGUCUUUUUUUAUAUUGCCUCAUUAUAUUUUUCUACAGAAUAUCACUCCAAACGUACGGCGACAAUCUCAGAUCAGUCAAAUCGAAGAACAUAUCCAGGUUUUCGUGUCUGUAGAGUGGAUCUGGUGUUUGAAGGACUGUUGUGCCAAAAUCUUUUCGAGACAAAGUGGAGGCAGAAACGUUGGGACCAGAAGAGGAAGAUGAGGCCUGUUGCCUUGACGCUCGUCAGCCAUCUGUUUUUAUCUGUCAGUCUGUUCUUGUCUUUGUGCUUCUCGUCACCACCAGAAAUCUAUUUUUCAAGACCGACUUGUUUGUGUGACCGUCGGAGGCGCGUCGUCUCCUCCUCCUCGUUGUCAAACGCUCGGUUUGUUGUUGAGCCUCUGAAGAGAGAAGUAACACCAGCAUGAAUCUGACAAUCUUAAUGCUUUACACAUCAGUUCAACGGCGUCAUGGUGUCGGUUGGCUCUUAACGUUUGAAGUCCUCCUUUGCAACACUGAAAGCACAAAAACUUUUUACUUUCACUGAGAGAAUCCCUCUGGUUUUCAGUCCGCCUUCCCUCCGCAAACAAACUCAACCUCAUCAUGAUGUCGUCAUGUUUCUGUUCUUUACUCAUUCAAAACAAAAAAUUCCGAUUUUGGGACAUUAAUCUGUCACUUCCUCAGUGCAGUGAUGGAUAUCGGUGACGACGCAACUGAGCUGAACGGCGCCGAGUUUUGGUACGGAAGCACAGAUUGUGACGGCGCUCGUCGUGUUCGACGGAGACACACGAGAUAACUUGAUAUUGGAAGCUGUUUGCACAAAAUAUAUUUUUGUGCAUCCAAAAUAUAAAAAAAUCAAUUACCUUUAUGGACUGUGGACGAGUCUGUAGACCGAUUUGUCAGGCACAAGGGAGGAACAACCAAACAGGUCUCAUUUAUCUGAACAGAAAGCGAUGAAGCCCAGCAGGCUUUGUGUUUUUGGCUCCCUGGUGCCUCCAUGCCUCCUUAGCAUCUGUCCACAUCUGUCCACAUCUGUCCGUGGUACAAUCACUUCACACAUCCAGGUGUGUUUCAGGCCUCAUUUUUUGGAGACGUUCUCAUUCUCAAACUGCACUUUACACGACUUUUACUUUGUUGGAUGAUUUCUGGUACAAAACUUCUUUGUUGUCGUGCAGCUGGAGGAAAGUUGUGUGAAGGUGGAUGUUUGCUUUGUGUGUUUAGAAGAAGAUGACUGACUUGGUGAAGAGAAGACUUCUGACCUAAAUCCGGUUUUAUGGUCUACUUGGUGUCGGGGAACUUGUUUGGUAAAUUGUUUCCUCUUUCUGCUGAUUUUUAUUUUCUUCCUGCCCUCAGUUUACCUCAUUUGCUCCCUUGGAUCAGUAAUGUGUUCAGUUUUCCACGGUCUGAACGACGGUUCCCUUUGCGUCCUCUCUUUAUGAGUCUUUAUGAACUGGAUAACAUCUGCAGGAGCACAGAAAGCUGUUGGCACAUUUAUUUCAGGCAAAAAGCUAAUCAAACCUCAAAGGGAUUCAAAGUGACACACUUGUUCAUUUAGGAAAUAAAUCCAGUUAUUUGAGACUUGAUUUAACAUUUUAAGGGUACAAAUUAAUAAUGUGAGGGAACCAAAAAAAUCAAAGGGUACUGAUUAAGUUAUGAGGGUGUAAAUUAGGAAACUGAAAUAAUAUGAACACUAAUGUCUGAUUUGUAGGACUGGGUAUUCCUUUAAGUCUUUUCCUAUUAAUCCAAAAUGUUUUCUGAUGCCUUCAUUUAACACUAAAUAUUCUAGAAACUGGGAGCAAAAGAAGCCAAGUUUGUCAUUGGAUGUCCAGCUCGGAGUUACAGACGGGCGUCAGUCGGUGCGGAUGGGUUGUGGGUUCGAUUCCCGCUGGCGUUCCUGUUGGCUCCGAGUGUGGACACGACGCCUCAGUGUGAAACGGAGACUUUGUUCAGAUUGUGACGAAAGUGGUUGGAAAGGUUAAGGAAAGUAGAAAAGUAAAAAGUUUGAAAGGUCCUUUUGUUUUUAAAAAAAGCACUUUUGUCUCCAGGUUUUCUCGGAGGUUCAACAGGAAAACAGAAGUUUGUGUUGUCUUUUUUUUCUUGAAAUGUUGUCCUUCAUCUGUUUUGCUCUCAUGGUGCUUUAUGAGGACGUUUGUGGAGAUGACCAACAUUUGGUUUGUCGUGUUCUUUAAUUUCCACUAACUCUCCGUUUUUAUACGAUGACUGCUUUACCUGUAAACCAGAUGGACCUGUACAGCCCAUCCAGCUGCCACCAUAAGCUGUUGUAACUCAUUUUUUUUUCUUUUUGUUAAAUAUAAAGUGAGUGAACUUUUAAAUCGAA